AGCUCAGCCCCCAAACAAAAUACAUAGAAAACCUACAAAAUAAACAUAGCCAACUGUUUGUAAUAAUAAAUGUCAAAAUAUGAAAAUAUUUAAUCAGAAAUAAUGUACACUCUUUUGCACGGCUUUUACCAACACCUGGUUCAAAAGGAUGAAUUUUGUGUGUUAAUUCUCGGUUUAGACAACGCCGGAAAAACCACGUAUUUGGAGGCGGCGAAAACGAAAUUAACGAAAAACUACCAAGGAAUUCAUCCCUCUAAAAUCACCACAACUGUAGGACUGAAUAUUGGAAAGAUUGAUGUUAUGGGAAUCAGACUGAACUUUUGGGAUUUGGGUGGGCAAAGUGAAUUGCAAUCACUAUGGGACAAGUACUAUGAGGAGUCUCAUGCAAUUAUUUAUAUUGUUGAUUCAUCUGACAGAGAUAGAAUAGAAGAGUCUAAAGAAAUUUUUGAUAAAAUGAUAGCAAAUGAAAAUCUGAGAGGCAUUCCACUUUUGGUUUUGGCAAACAAACAGGAUAUUCCAGAGUGUAUGGGAGUUAGAGAAGUGAAGCCCAUAUUUAAUAAAAAUGCACAUUUAAUUGGCAAAAGGGACUGUAUGGUUAUGCCUAUAUCUGCUCUGACUGGUGAUGGCGUUGACGAAGGAAUCCGGUGGCUCGUCGAUUGCAUUAAAAGGAACACAUAUUUACGACCACCCAGAAACAAUGAAGAGAGUUGAGAUAAUGUAUACUUAUUAAUAAAAAACGAUACUACUAACAAA